AUGACCAAACGACGUCAGAACAAUGGUCCAAAUGAGGGCUCGGGGAGCGGUCGUGGAGGUUUCUUGAAUGGUUCACCGCGCGGGUUUUCGCCCAGAGGAAAUGGGAGGGGCAGACCUGGCAGAGGCAGAGGCAGAGGGGGUAGGGGUUUUGGCGGACCUGUCGGAUACAUUCCAUCAACAGAAACAGAUUUCAUUUUGCAAGCUUGGCCACAAAACAGUUCUGGGACCGGAUAUAACUCACCUCGAGGAAGAGGUGGAGGUAGAGGAGGCUUUACUCCCCCUGUACGCACUCCGAAUGGUGGUGGAAUUUCGGGUUCGGGAUAUAACACACCAAAUGAUCGUGGAAGGGGAAGGGGACGAGGAAGAGGAAGAGGUGAAGUCAAUCAUCAGACUAGCCAAGGUCGCGGUCGCGGUCAAACAACUCAAAGAGGCGGUUGGAAAGGCAAAGGUCGUGGUAUCGAUGCACCGUUAUCCAGGCUACUCAACGAAGACAGACCACUGCUCAAGGUCAUCGAUUUUGUUCCCGGUGUACAUCAGCGAUAUCUUUUCAUGGAGGAGGAAGAAAUCUUGAAACCAGUGGCGGAAGAUAUUGGGGAUGAGGAAGCGUAUCAUGUUCCAACGGCAGACCGAGUCGCACAGGUAUUUGGGAUUGCUUCCGAUUCCAACAGAGUUGUUGAAUCAUCGGCGGAAGAAAAUGCAGGUGAAGGACUCGAGGAGAUUGAUUUCGCAGAUUUGGCCAGCUUCCAGGAAAUCGUUGAAAUUUCUACUUCCACUACUAACAGGAUGGAUACAGAAGAAGAAACCUUUACAGGAACAUAUGCCACGUUGAAGUCGCAACACGAUGUUUCAAUGGGGCAGUCCUCGCCUACAGCAGAGGAUUCUGUUGCCGAUGGCGCGAUGGAAUUACCUCAAGCUACGCCAAAAAUGGUUCCUGAGACAGCUGCAACCACUCUCGGGGAAUCAUUGUUGGCGCAAAACUUCCAGACACCACUUUUUGACGAAGGCUCGACCAGCGUUGUUGACAACGUUGACGUAGAACUCGUAAUGACGCCCACCGUGGAGCUUGUUGAAGCGUCUCUGUCUAAAACGCAGGAUGCGGAAGGUGCAUCGACGUCACCUCUCACAUCGCAUACCGAGGACCCUGUUUUCCCUGGAAGUAUAUCUGAACCGGGCUCGUCAGAUACCGCCACCUAUGCAGGGAGGAAGACCGUAGAGGACUCUACAUUCACCUCAGACGAGAUCUUAGAAGUGUCUUCCACCAUCGCAACUAUGGAUCUUGACGAUACGAAGCCUAUUGUCAACUCACCGUCGUUCUUCAUUGAUACGGCUCCCACACUUCCCCGUUCGCGCACACCUAUAGCUAGUGGCAAAGCGUUGGGGCUACCGGAUGAAGACAUUAUUGUCUAUGUCGCACCUCAUCCUCGUAACGGGAGAGUCACGCCUGCGCCUAGCCAUACUCAAAACCACUCUAUGCCAACGCCGGUGGCCCCCAUCUCAGUUCUGACCGGCUUACCGUUAGGAGUAUCACCGAUUUCUGUCCCGGAAAUUCCGGAACCACCAACGAUAGACUCGUUUUCAUUUUCAUUCGAUACAGCGUCAUCGUCAACUGAUCCAAAUAACAUUGGCACAUCUCAAACAAAAAGAACUGCUAAAGCACCUCUCUUUACAUUCGUUCAGAUAAAAGCGACGCCCGCGAGGAUGAAGAUGCGACAGAGAAAUGUGUGGCUCAAGAACAAACGAGGGAAAUCCACCUUUGCUUCGAGAGGAGCGGAAGUAUCUGAAACUCAGCUAUGGGGCGGCCGAGAUGAUUCAGAUAUUGAUUGGGGAGAUGACUCUGAGGACGAAGAAGAGGGAAAAAUGCAGGAAGAAAUUCGAGCUGAAAAAGAUGGAUCUUUGCGCGUCAUAUCUGUCUCCAAAUCUGAAAAGGGCAAAGUGGAUGAUGGGGGUAUGGAGGUUGACCCUGAAUUAGACAUGGAUACUGCUACAAUGCGUGCGUUUGCAGAGGGGAUAAAUCGAGGAUAUGUUACGAUGGACGAUUUGGAGGAUGCAAGGAGGAUGAGGGAAGAAGAUCAUGCUGGAAUGGGCGGAGGUGUCGGUAGCAGCGCGGACUCGGAAGACGACGUUGAGGACGAUGAUGAUGCAGCAAUUGAGCUGGAAGAACGGAUAAUGAUCGGUGAGGACGACGAUGAAGAAGACGAUGGUUUGGAAUGGGAUGACGAUGAAGACGAUGACAUCAGUCCAGAAUCUAGUUUCCAAGCCCGACUAGACAAGUUGCGAAAGCAAGCUCAAGAGAGGGAAAGCAAUGGCAAAGGGAAGGCUAAAGCAACGGAUCAAGACUUCUAUGAUGACCUAGAGGACUCUGAGGAUGAGAAACGGAAACUAUUUAGGCAAUGGACGCAGGAUGAGGAUGAUUACAUCGCCGAAAUUGAGGACAUACUAGCUGAAAAUCAGGACAUUCUGACAGGUCGUGAUAGAAAAACCAGGAAUACACUAUUCCGCGCUGUUCGCGACGGAGACUUUGACCUCGACGAAGACUUUAUGCCUCAAGCUCGCAAAAGUAAAAAUAAAAAUAAAAAUCUCCCACCUCAAUUAGCCGAGCUCUGGACGAAGGACCGCGAGAAGAAAGCCGAACGACGACGGGAGCGAGAUCAUGCCAAGCUCUUGCAGGCUGCUGAUCCACUCGCAGCCAAGAAGGGAGGUAAAAAGGGACAAAACGCGACCGCGCGUCUUGCAAACCUGGACCCGACGAUUACCACCAUUCCCAACAGAGUCAUUGAUACCACGACUCUUGUUCAGCAAAUCCGCAGAUUCUUGGAGAAUAUUGGAGGACCCCAGCAGAUGGUAUUACCUCCGACAAACAAGGAAACCAGGAAGAUGAUACAUGAACUGGCUACAGCCUUCAAUCUGAAGAGUGCAUCAAAAGGCAAGGGAGAUAGCAGGUAUACGACGCUAUUCAAGACGACAAGAAGUGCCUAUGGAGUUAACGAACGAAAGAUUGGUAAGAUUGUGAGGCAGGGUCGAGCGAGAGGUCUAGAGUUUGCUGCAAAAGAGGAGUGGGCAUAUGAAGGAAACAAGGGAGGAAGAAUGCCUAGACACAGAGAAGGAGACGAGGUUGGAAAGGCUGCUCCCAAGCUGAACGACAGCAACAUCGGCUUCAAAUUAUUGGCAGCUAUGGGAUGGGAAGAGGGAAAUCGUAUUGGAUUGAGCGGUGGUCUGAAGGAUCCCUUGACCGCUGUGAUCAAACACUCGAAAUUAGGUUUAGGGGCUAGUCUUUAA